AUGAUAACUCCAUUUUUCACUAUCACUCAGGAUGAUGAAUUUAUAUUCAUUGAUGUGAAGAUAUCACAUAUUCGUUUUAGUGCCCCAAAUAUAGAAAUGACAAUUAAUAAUGAUGUGUUUGUAUUUUCAUUACCUCCAUAUUAUUUAAGAUUAAGAUUACCUUAUUCAUGUAUAGAAGAUGAAAGAUCCCAUGCAGAAUAUGAUUCCAAAUCUGAAUGUGUUAAAAUUAGAAUUCCAAAAGAAAUAAAAGGUCAAUUUUUCCCUGAUUUAGAUUUAGCUGCAAAAUUAUUAGCUAGAACUAAUGAACCUAAAUUAGGAGAUGUUGGACAACAAGAAAAAUCAACUAAACCAUUAAUUGAAGAAGUAGGUGACAACACUAUAAGUCAAGCUGAAAAAGAUUUAGAAGAAGGUGAACAAUUCAAUUGGGAAGUUGAACAGCAAGUUCCUACUAAUCCAUCAACAAAUAUUGAAAAACUUGGUUCUGAUGGUGAUGAUAUCACAUCAACUAAUGUUAAUCUACAACCUAUUAAAUAUGGUUUUAAUAAUCAAUAUGAUCAAAUUGUUGGAGUCUCAAUAGCUAAUGGAAAUGAUAUUAAUGAAUUAGGUAAUCCUGAAUCAACUCCAGAUACUGAUCGUAUUAUUGAAAGAUUAAUUAAGGAAAAUAUUAAAUUUGAUCCUGAAAUUUAUGCAGCUGAUUAUAUAAUGGAAAAAUAUCCAGCAAUUGAUGAUGAUAAAGAUUUUAAAAAAUUGAUUAAUUGGAAAAAUCCAUUAAUUCAAAAAUUUCUUAAAUGGUAUAAAAAUCAACAAUCAUUACCAGAAUCUGAAAGAUCUUUAAUUAUGACAAUUGAAUUUACUAAAGAAGAACAAGAGAAAAUGAUUCAAUUACCUAGAAAAUCUUAUCUUAUUGAAAAUUCAUAUAAACCUGAAAUUUUAAUAUUAUUGAUCUGUUUAUUAUUUGCUUAUCAUUUCGAUCUUCGAGAAAAUGAAGGUGAACAUAAUAUUGAAAGUGCUUGGACAAUAGGUAAAAUAGUUCCACAAUUUUCAUUUCUUGAUUCAAAAUUAAUCAUGGAUCCUUCUCAAAAUAAUUUAUUGAAAGCAGCUAUUAUUACAUGUAUAAGAAGAGCAUUAUCUUAUCCAUUUCAUAGAAGUUUUGCAAUGAUUAGUAAAGUAUGGGAUGAUGUAUAUUAUAAUUUAAGAGGUGGGAAAAGACUUGUAUUGAAAGCUUUAUUGGAUUUAAAAGAAUUGUUCCGUUUUCAUGAUAUUUAUUAUGUUUAUGAUAAAAUAUGGUUAGAAGAUCUUUGUUCUUUUCUUAUUAGUGAUAACAUAUCUGAAGGUACUAUUAGAAAUCUUGCCCAUGAUUUGAAAAAAGAAGUAAGUUCAGUUACUAAACAAGAUAUAACAUUUGAAAAAAUGAACCCAGAUGCCAUGAAAGAUGAUACCGAAGAAGGUCAACAGGGAGAAGAAGACAACAACGACGACGAUGAGAUGAUUGCUUUGAACCUAGAGGAAAUAGAAAUAAUGGCCGAAGAUCUGUAUAGACAAUACCAAGAAGCCCAAUAA